GGAAGCGACAGCAGCGCGGGCCGAGCGGGCGGGAUGGGGUCCGAGCAGCGGCGGGAAGUUGCAAACUUGGCAGCCAAGAAGUUGAACUAAAGUGAAGCAGCUCCAAAAGGCCGUGGUCUUGGCGUGGGGGCGGGAGGAAGGGGAGCUCCGUGACUGCGGCCGGGGCUGGUUGGGAGCGGAGCGGCCGGGGCUGCCCCCGGGGCUCGCGGGGGCCAACGGGGAACGGACAAACGGACCAACGGACCAACGGCCCCUGCGCUUCGGCAGCAGCAGCGGCGGCAGCAGCGACUGUAGCGACGCGCUCUCGCUGUGACUCUUGUUCGUGCUCUCCUUGCUCGAGCUCUUCGUCCUCCUCUCCCUCUCCCGGUGUCCCGCUGUCCCAGUGUCCCUGUGCCGGUGUCCCUGUCCCAGUGUCCCACUCCCGCGGUCCCUGUCCCAUUGCCGGUGUCCCCCUCCCCUUGCCGGCCCGGCCCAUGGCCCCGGCCGUUCCCCUGUGCCGGGCGGGGCCGCCCCGGCCCCGGCCCUGGGCGGCCCGGCGCGGUCUCGCCCUCGCCCGGCUCCCGGCGCGCCGGUUGUGGCGCUGCUGGGCGCUCCUGUGGGGCUGGCUGUGGGACGGGCUCGGCCUCGCCGCCCCUUGGCUCCGCCUGGCUCGAGCCCGGCGCCUGCCGGGGCCGGCGGGGGCCGCGGGCGCCGCGGCCGCUGCCGCCUCCUCGGCGGCUUCCCCGGCCAGAGCUCCGCCGCUCGCCAGCCCGGCCGCCGGCAGCGAGCCGCCGCUGCCCGCUGCGGCUGGGGAAGCCCGGCCCGGGCCGCUUGAGGGGCGCUCGGGGGCCGUGCCGGGCCCCGGCCCCAACGCUGACGGCCACGUCUCGCCCGCACCGAAGGCCAAGGAGCCGCUGCACGAGCGCUACCGGCUGCAUUCGCUGCUGGGCAGCGGCGGCUUCGGCCGCGUCUACGCGGGGACCUGCCUGGCGGACGGAGCCCCGGUGAGUGCAGGAGGAGGAGGAGGAGGAGGAGGAGGAGGAGGAGGAGGGCGGGACGGGCGGCGAGCUCAACCCGCCCUUCCCCUUGGCUUGCAGGUGGCCAUCAAAGCCGUGUCCCGGGAUGGCAUCCGGCGCUGGGGCGAGCUGCCUGACGGCACCCGGGCCCCCCUGGAGAUCGUGCUGCUGGACAAGGUGUCCAAUGGCUUCCCUGGUGUCAUCCAGCUGCUGGAGUGGUUCGAGCUCCCCAACGGGUUCCUGUUGGUCAUGGAGCAUCCGGAGCCGUCUCAGGACCUCUCUCGCUUACUGAGGGCGUGGGGGUUCCUGCCGGAGGAGAUGGCGUGGGGGCUGUUCCGCCAGGUGCUGCAGGCCGUGCGGCACUGCACCAGCUGCGGCGUCCUGCACCGGGACAUCAAGCCCCAGAACAUCCUCCUCCACCUGGCCACCGGCGAGGCCAAGCUCCUCGACUUUGGAUGUGGCACCUUCCUUAAGGACACGGUCUACACCCAGUUUGCAGGUGAGCCCACAGCCGGGGGAUGCUCCUGGGCUUCUGCUGCCCUCUUGGACACCAGCGGCUUCUUCUCCAACCCAGAGUUUGUAACCAAGAGAACACUGUCAUACAGCCCGCCAGAGUGGAUCUACCUCAAGCGCUACCACGGCGAGGAGGCGACCAUCUGGUCCCUGGGCAUCCUGCUCUACCAGAUGGUCUGCGGGAAGCACCCUUUCCGCAAAGGCCCCAACACCAUCUGGGACCAGCUCCCGUUCCCAGCACUGGUCUCUCCAGGGAGAAUCGAUGGAGAAGUUUGGGCACAGCCCUGA